UGCGUGAAGCAUAGACUCUAAAAUAUAGUGACGUCUGCAUCCCAGAAUGCAGUUUGGUAAACAGACAUGGAAGCACCUGGUAAAGACCUCCACAGUCAGUGAGCAUUGCAUUCGUUCUUUUUGCACGAUCUCCAUACUUUAAUAUCCGCCACAUUCAACAGAUUUGUAUCUGUCUGCCGUCACAUUUGCAUCCCUAACGUCCAGGACCUUGAAUCCUUCCACAACUUGUGUGGGGCGACCAGCCAUCACCCAAACUGAUGAGGUUUUACUGAUCCAGUUAAGAUUGAGUUCCCUUUUCCACAUUUGACAAGCGGAAAGAAUGUCGGAAAGGGCCGAUGAUGACGUCAGGGGGGAGCAGCGCAGAGCCGCCAGGCAGCUAAAGCAGCAACAGCAGCAGAUACAGCCGGGAGAAGGCUCCACAGCAAUGGCGACUGUUGCGGAGCGCAGAUCCCUGCCUAGUCCAGAAAUGAUGUUGGGACAGCCUUGGAGCAACUGGGUCGAUGCUACCAAACUCUACGGCAACGACGGUGCUGAAUCGGAGGAAAGUUUGAAGGAGUUCGGGAAAAAUCGAGAAGCCAUGCGAUUGUGCAGAGAUGACAUGCCCAUAUUUGGCCAGUGUCCGGCACAGGACGACUUCUACCUGGUGAUGUGCAGCCACUGCAGUCAGGUGGUGAAGCCCCAGGCCUUCCAAGCACACUACGAGAGAAGACACAGCUCGGCCAGCAAUCCCCCCUCCACCUCGGCCCCCUCCUCAGCCUUCUCCCUGUCCGCUCUGUCUCGGAGCAAGGGCAGUGGGACUGGGACUGGUCCCGGGGCAGGGGGUGUCAGUGGAGGGGCCAUGGGCCGCUCCUCCAGUGGGACCAGCGCCUCGUCCAACUCCAAAAUCCUCAAACCAGCCAAAGAGAAGCUGCCAGGCAUCCAGCAGAGACCUCACUUCCCUCCCUUCCGGCUGCUCAAUGACAAAAUCCUGACCCCUGCGGUCAAAGUGGAGAAGAUGCGUCUGAAGGUGGAUGUGUGGGCCAAGCUGGUGCAGGCUCCCUCUGCCACCUCGUCGUCGUCCUCCAGCAGCACUGUGAGCUCCUCGUCACCCCUGAAGUCAGGCCUUAACUUUCCCUCCAUACCAAAGGCUCCCUCGCUGGCCCCCGGCCAGAUCCCCAAUGGCAAGGGCCACAUCUCCCUUUCUGCCCUGGACAAGAAGCAGGACACCAGCGCCAGUAGCAGACAACACCUCCACAAGAGACUGUCAGAACGUGAGUUUAAUCCAGAUAUCCACUGUGGGGUCCUGGAUAUGACAGCUCGGAAGCCAUGCACACGAUCCCUAACAUGCAAGACACAUUCCCUAAGCCAGCGGAGGGCAGUGCUGGGCCGGAGGAAGCGAUUUGACACAUUGUUGGCCGAGCACAAGAGCAAAGCGCGGGAACGGGACCUGCAACACCCCCACCCCCAGCAGAUCCCCCCUCUCAGGGACCCCCACCCCUCCCCCUCACGACUCAUCCCCCACCACGACACCCACCAGGUCGCUCAAGGCAACGGAGCUGCCGACGCCACCAAGCCUUUGGCGCUCGGCAAACCAAAACCUCAAAAUCCUGGUCUUCCACGACUGAACAGCAGUAUCUCUCACGGAGGUGGGGGUACCCCGGGAGACCCCUCGUCGGUCCACGAGUCGCCCCACCACUCUACGCCCACCCCCGACGGGGUCUCCCGCCUGUCCAGUGACGAGGGGGAGAAUGAGGAAAGGGAGGAAGGCACAGACAAACUGGACUGUCACUAUUCAGGUUACCAACCACGGCCGGCAGCUUACUGUACCUUUGGAAGUCGACUGUUUGGGAGUAGCUGCUACUCGUUUGACCGGCGCUGGGAUCGAAUGCGAUGUGCUCUUACUGCCAUGAUGGACAAGCACGUCAAUACUCAGAUGUGGAAGAAAAUCCCUUUGGCCUUGGAGAACUCCUCCUCUUCUUCCUCUGCUCCGGCCCACAGGACAAGCACAAACUCCCUGUCCUCAUCCCACGGUAGCGCCCCUGCCUCAGACUUCCUCAGCCCCUCCUCUGCACCCCCUCCGCCCCCCCACACUCAGUCCUACGACAGCAAGUCUGUUCUCUCGUACGGGACCACCUUAAAUGCCCGUGCCUCCCCCCAUGGCACGGCCAACCACCCUGCCUGCAGCGCAGCACAGGCCAGACAAGUGUCUUCGUCGCCCCAGAUGCCUUCAGCCCACUCCUCGGUCCCCACCCUGGCUUCAGGACGACCACUCAAGUCCAGAUCCAGCGGCAAGUCCUUCAGACCCCGGGAGUCUUCUUCCACAGCCGCCAUAACCAACUCCACCAGUGGGGGCAGCAUUGGAGGCAGCAGCAGCACUAGCCUCAGCUCGGGGAAGAAGAAGAAGAACAGCUCCCUCCUCACAUCGUCUCACGCUACCACCUACUCCUCAGAGUCCUCUUCCUCCUCCAACCCCACCCCUUCCUCCUUCAAGAAGAACUGCAUGGUGAACAGCGGCAGCUCAGGAAGCACGUCCCACCACGCCUCGCUAGUCCCCUCCUCCUCGUCUCACAGCGGCCUCCACAGUGUGGGACUUAACUGUGGCCCCAACGCCAGGACCAACUCCCUCAGUUUGAAGGCAGAGCCCUCGGGGCCAGCGGGAGUGUCGGGGCCUGGGGUCAGAGGCCCCCCCUCGGGCAGCCCAGCCGAGUCCAUCAAGAGGAUGAGUGUGGUGAUGAACAGCAGUGACUCCACCCUCUCCCUGGGUCCCUUUGUCCACCAGGCCUCAGAGCACCACAGCAGCUUCAGCCAUGCCCACACUGAUGGCCGCCUGGAGGGGAAGAAACGCAAGGGCUCCCCCGCUGCCAGCUCCAUCAACAGUGGAGGUGGGCCGGGCAGGCCCAAAGUGGCCAAGUCUCCAGCCAUCAACAACAUCCACGGCAAACAUGGACGCACAAUCCCAGGAGCCCAAGGGCUCCCCAACAACUCCCUCAUCCAUCAGCCAAAGGCCCGCCCCUGACAGCGGUGGCUGGGUCCUCUGUAUGGAACUUAGGGGCGGAUGAUAAGGGUGUAACCUGUACACUGCUCUGGACUGCACGAGGCCUUCUAAUGCCUUACUCUCAGCUUCCCACGAUCCUCAGGGUGGAUGUGAUCUGGACAACCCCGUGAUGUUGUUGUCUAUAGUGGAACUAUUUCUCCUAAAGCCAUGUGUGGGUGCCGUGUGGAGGUGGCAGGCGUUAGCACCUGGGGUGGGUCACACCUGGCACCCUGUCUGUCAGUGUUGUCCUGAGGUAGGUCUUCCUAUGGGGAGGAGAGGAGGGAGUUGCAGCCUUCCUGCCCUUUGACCUCAUGUUGAAGUUCCAGAGAUACGGAGGGAGGGUGAAGGGCUGGCACAACAGCCAUGGCACCUCUAUCAUGAUGCAGAGCCGCUGGGAGUGACUGGAGAGCCAACAAGCCGCAAUCUGUUGGUUUCUGACGAUCUCUUCCGUGUGUGUGUGUGUGUGUGUGUGUAUAUGACUUUGUCACGUCAGAUUCUACUGGACUACUGGAAAUUCAAAAUUACACCUGCACGCCUGAACUCAGAAGCCUUGAACGGAGCGGGCAGGAAGAGGAAAAACUGUUAGUUACAAAACUUCAAACACAAUCACAUUGUUUUUGUUUGUUUUGAUCCUUUCACUACAUUUUGUCGGUUGGUUUUAAUCAUUGUGGCGUGUGCGUACAUACCGCCAUGUUAUGUACAGUAGCCAGAGAUGAACGACAUGAGGAGCAGAUCCAGUCAAUUCUAUGAGUUCCAUACAUGACCCAAACAAUUAUGCAAGUGUUACUUUUUUAUUUCUUAUCAUGUUUUCACUGAAUUUAACUACAAAAGUCUAUGUGGAAAUGGUCAAUUGUGCAUGCAUAUGUGAAAAAGUAUGCUUGAUGUGACAAUUUGAUUGAAUGGUUGUGAAAGAGGGACUACUGCUCUUGAAAGACAAGUCGAGAGCUUGGGACUAUAAGGUUCUAUCUGCAAAAAGAUGAUUGAGAUAAUUGGCUUUAAAGUUCUGAACCCUCA